AACCCUUUUGUAUCUUUAUUAUACACUGGAAUCUUUUGUAUAUUUUAUGAUUUUACACUUUUCCAGUUUUUAUACUCUAGAUUAAUAAAUUCAAAUUUCUAAUCUUGUAUUUGUGUGGAUUAUACAAACUAAUUAUAAAAUUGUCAAAUUAGUUAUUCUGUAGUCAAGUAAGAUUUAAAAAUGGUUCGAAUGAGCGUUCUUGCCGACUGUUUAAAGUCGAUUGUCAACGCGGAAAAACGAGGAAGACGACAAGUCCUUGUCAGGCCCUCGUCCAAAGUUGUCGUAAAGUUUCUGCAGGUCAUGCAGAAGCACGGAUAUAUCGGUAACUUUGACGUUGUCGAUGAUCAUCGCAGUGGGAAAAUCGUAGUUGAGCUCUUGGGACGCAUCAACAAGUGCGGAGUUGUUUCACCUCGAUACGACCUCUCUCUAGAUGAUCUAGAACAGUGGUCUUCUAACAUAUUGCCCAGUAGACAAUUUGGACAUCUUGUGUUAACUACUGCCUAUGGGAUCAUGGACCACGAAGAAGCACGUAGAAAACACACUGGAGGGAAAAUACUCGGAUUCUUCUUCUAAUCCCAAUUUGCCAAUCUCGUUUAGUUAAAAAAUUGUGUUAACUAUGCUAGCCUUAUUAGAUUUCAGGCUUUACACUAAUAUGAUCUACUAAUU